CUUAUCUCUAAUUGCUGGGAGUUGUGAGAGGCUGUGAGCGUGCGUGCCUCCUGAUCCGUGUUUGAACAGUCUCCGCUCGGCUAUGACUGCUAGGCUCCGACAGAAUGGACCCAUCCGCUGGGAGGGGGGAUGGGCUGGCGCGGAGAGCUCUCCCAGUGAGCAUUGAUUGAUACAGCCGGUGAAGAGAUGAUAGCAGCAGUUAGCCUACACACUGUUAUUGGGAUUGAAUUACCAGCACCUACACAGGCCAGCACAAAGGAAACUACCAUCGUAUUCCCCCACACCCUCCCCUUGUCCUCUCUUCUCAUCCUGCUUUUUGCUUUCUCUCAAACUCCUCUCGUCUGCUGGGGUGCUGCUGAGCGAUCUGGCGUUAUGGAAGGCACCAAGCCUGAACAAUUGGCCGGAAUAAGGUAGCGGUCGUGCCAGUGUUUUCACAGAUCAGCUGUGUGUGGUUGUUCAGUGGCCUUUUCACAGGAGGGCGCCGUAAUGGAGGAGUAAUUGGAGCGUUUGGGCACGAAGAAGACAGGGGGCUGGCCUGCAGGCAGGCGUGGGCUGACCUUUGACCUAGGGACGGAACGUCAGCACGCGCCAUGCACGACAACAAUCAGUCCCCGGAGGCCAACCGCCUCGUCGACAUGGACCGCCACAUCCAGCAGACCAACGACCGCCUCGCCUGCAUCAAGCAGCACCUGCAGAAUCCACCCGGGUUCCAGAACGCGGCUCGGGAACUGCUGGAGUGGUGCUCGGACACCCGGGCUUUUCAGCUGCAGUUCGAAGAGGGGCUGAUGGGAUGUCUGACGGUGGUCAGCAAGGUGGCAGCACAGCCGGGCUUCGACCUCGACCUUGGCUACCGUCUGCUGGCCAUUUGCGCGUCACACAAGGACAUGUUCACGCCCAAGUCAGCAGGAUUACUGUCCACCUGGUGUGAGGAGCUGGGACGGUCACUGUUGCUGCGGCAUCAAAAGAACCGAGCGACCUCCGACCUGAGCAAAAGUCCCCCCGGAGCGAUGCACCCUCAGAUCCCACAGAAAGCCAUGCCGCCUGUGCACCCAAGUGGUGAUGGAGGCUGGGGCGGCCCCACACAGGGACAAACAGGGCAUCAGUCGCUGUCAGUGGUCACCACCAUUUGGGGCGUGACACCAGCCACACAAAGUGGGCCCUUCACUCACAACCCUCAGGCCUAUGGCAACACCACCAUGACCGGUGGCAGCACAACACCACAUGCAGGUGGUCCACAGUCAGCAAUGCAGGCCGGCGUCUUGCAGAAGGCUGCAGCUGGGGUUCCCUACAAUCCUGGGCCCAUGCCUUACCGGCGCGACUCCCACCCCAGGUAUGCCAGCCAUGGCAUGGAUGCCAGUGGGGGUCCCACCUCUCCCAUGGGGGUCCAAGCAGCAGGUCAUGGAGUGAUGUCCUCUGGUGUUCCCUCUUUGGCCCCUGGGCAGCUGCAGGCGCAUGCGUGCGCGCAAGUGCAUGUUCAGGGUCAUAGCCUGCCUGCCAUGUCUCAUGGGACUAGCAUGGGUCUUGGUGUUGGUGUGUCUGGUGGAUCCCUGCCCCCUGGUGUCGGUGUUGGUGGUGUGUCAGGUGUCCCAAGACAGCCCAUGGGAUCUGGAAAUCAUGGAACUACCUCCCCUUUGGGGCAAGGCCCAUUGCAGAAGCCCACUAUGCAACCAUCCCCCCUGCACGGGGACCCAGGCUCUAGUGGGUACCCACCCACUCCAAAUACUCCAGGCAGCAGUGCCCCAAACUCAACAGUGGGGGAAUACACAGCGCCCCCUGGCGCCCUCUCUGCAGCAGCUUUUGUGGCUGCAGCUGCUACAGCAACAGCAACGGCAACAGCAACAGCCAGCAUGGUAGCUCUACAGGAGCAGCAGAACCAGCAGCAGAUGAACAUGCAGAUGAGCAUGAGUCAGCAAUAUGCACCCCAGGUUCAGAUGGGUCCUGGACAGUCACCAUAUGGUCCACAGUAUCCAGGGAUGCCUUCAACACAGCGACAUCCAGGAGCCAUGCAAAUGUCCCAUGGUCCAGGGCCUGGGCCUGGCCCAAUGGCUAACAAGGCAGGUCCUAUGAUGAUCUAUCACCAGCAACGACGACCAUCCCAUACCCAACCCCUCACCAGUUCAUGCAGCAGAAACGACAGAUGCAGUACCCAAAUGGCACACAGAUGGAGGUACACAAAUUUUGGCCCAAGCCCAGGUCAGAUGCAGUACCAGAACCAUACGCAGUAUCCAGGAAAACCACAGUAUCCACCAACACAACAGCCACUGCCCUCACCUAACUACAGCAUGGCGCAUCAAAGCAUGAGGCCGGUGGGGCCAGGCCCAGGGCCAUAUCCUAAUGGCCAGAACCCCUACAUGAUGCAAAGUCAGUUUCCCCCUUCAAGACCGCCCACUCAGCCGGCAUAUGGGCAGUAUCCCGGCCAGCAAAACAACUUCCAGCAUUCCCCGAUUCCUGGCAACCCAACACCUCCUAUGACACCAGGGGCAGUUCCUCCAUAUGGCAGUGAUAUGAAACCUGCAUAUCCACCAGACAUCAAACCACAGAUCAAGAGAGAAAAUGAUGAGUUGAGGCUGACGUUCCCAGUUCGAGAUGGUGUUGUCUUGCCACCUUUCCGUCUGGAGCACAACCUGGCUGUCAGUAAUCACGUUUUUCACUUGCGAGAGUCUGUUUACCAGACGCUGAUGUGGAGGUCUGACUUGGAACUUCAGCUGAAAUGCUUUCACCAUGAAGAUCGACAGAUGAACACCAACUGGCCUGCCUCAGUCACUGUUAGUGUCAAUGCCACACCACUGUGCAUUGAGCGGGGUGAGAACAAGUCCUCUCACAAGCCCCUCUACUUAAAGGAGGUUUGCCAGGGAGGUCGAAACACCAUCCAGAUCACAGUCACUGCUUGCUGCUGUUCACAUUUAUUCGUAUUGCAACUGGUUCACCGGCCAAGCAUUCGCUCGGUUCUGCAGGGCUUGUUACGUAAACGUCUCUUGCCUGCAGAACAUUGCAUCACAAAAAUCAAACGAAACUUCUCCAGUGUAGCCACUAAUUCUGCUGUCAAUGGAGAGGACGGUGUGGAGCAGACAGCCAUCAAAGUUCCCCUCAAAUGCCCCAUCACCUGCCGACGUAUUUCCUUGCCUGCUCGUGGCCAUGACUGCAAACACAUACAGUGUUUUGAUUUGGAGUCAUACCUGCAGCUGAACUGUGAGCGGGGAACAUGGCGAUGCCCUGUUUGCAACAAAACGGCUUUGUUGGAAGGCUUGGAGAUAGAUCAGUACAUCUGGGCAAUACUGACCAAUCUGAGUAGCACUGAGUUUGAAGAAGUGACUAUUGACCAGGCAGCCAGCUGGAAGCCCGUGCCUGUCAAACCAAUCAAGGAAGAGGAGGCUGACUCCUGUGCACGGUGGAUGAAGUCGAUGUCCCCAUCCAGCAUGCAGCUACCUACAAUGAGUUCUUGGGACUUGGGGCCUCAGCACUCACCAUAUCCUCCUAUGGCCCAACCACCUCAGGGUGAUCAGAUGAACCCAGCCAUGCGACAUGCAGAUCCCAACCACCCAGCCAACCACCCAGCAGGAGUUCGGCCCCCAAGCUUGCCAGGUCGCAUGACACCUUCAGGGCAGCAGGGUGGACCAGGUACCCCCCAGCAGCAAAAUGGAAGUCAUCCCCUUUCACACCCUGCUCCCCCCACCUCUGGCAGUGGGACUGGUGCCAUGGGCGGUUCACCAAAUGACUGUCCUAACUUACCUGACCUUAACUUCGAUCCUACCAUCAUGAAUGGAGAGAGUACACAGCAUAACCUUGAUCUUCUGCCAGACAGUCUGGGUGAUCCAUUGGAGCUACUGUCAUACCUCGGACCACAUGAUAAUUCCACAGAUGCCAAUGGUUCCAACGGGGGCAAUGCUAACAGCAGUGGUGAUGACAUCUUGGCGUUCUUCGAAUCCUGAGCUGCAGUUAUCUUUCUUUUCAAGCAAGUGCUAUGGAAUCACAGGAAUUUUGCACCUUCCGCCUUGGACUGGCUCCUUUCUGCAGAUGAAAUGGGGUUUUAUGCAAAAUGAAUGGAAAUAGUGCCACAAAACCUUCUGAUGAAUGUGAUCUCCAGUGGGCGUGGUGGAGCGAGGAGUUCUCAGGUUUCUGGAGGGCAUCUACUGUCACAGCACGUCGUGGACACCAUGUAAAGAAUGGCUGUGACACAGUCAUAUAUCGAGUGUGUUCUCAGAGUGUUUACUUGUGGCCGCAGAAUGGUGCUCAGUGAAGAGCUCUCAUCGCCAGACUCUCAAUCUUCUGCUCUGACCACCCAUCUUCUGUGCACCACAUGCUGGGGGAGAGAGAGAGCAAGGUUGUGGACAGUCUCUCGGCCUGUUCUGAGCAGAGCCAUUGACUGUGCCGUUUCCUCAUGAGUGCCUGCUUGCAUGGAUGUGCAGGGAGGAAACUUAUUUUUCCACGUCAUUAUCUUUUGGGUUGUUGCACAGGCAACCAGAGAUCAUUGCAGUGGCCAACACUUCAGGCAUCUGGCAUCUCACGUCAUGACCAUAUCAGACAAAUUGUUGUGUGCACCCCACAACACGAUGUUUAGAGGCAGCAAAACAAAUUUUAAAAGAAGCAUUUUUAAAAGACACAAGGGGAAAUAGACAUUUUGAAAGCAAAGAAAUAAAUGUUGCAUCUUACCUUUUUUUUUUUGCUGUUAUAUCUGUGGUUAUUAUUACUAUUAUUCAUUUGCAUAUACAUACUUGCGUGUGCUGGGAUGUUCAGAUUCUUACAUCCUUCCUCCCACUCCCACAGUGUUUGGGGCUGGCCAGGCUGUGCGAUGGACGCUGAGCUCCACAGUUUGACUGCUGACUGUUAUCAGUUGGGAAGGGGGAGACAAAUGUGGUUAUUGCUUGCUUGGCUUGGCUUGGCUUUGUUGUGCUGGCCAAGCACCCAAUCUGCGCUGGCCCGCACAUCAUCCCACAAGUCCAGUCAUUGGGAUAAACAUUUAAGACAGUGCUAUAACCUUUGUUUUUCUUUACAGUAACACUGAAGCUUGUGGCAUAUAUUGUUUGUAUUGCUCCCUUGACCACAGUCAUUUGUUCUUGUGUGUCCACCACUAAAGCACAAGCAGUUUUACUUGACCAAGAGGAGACAACUCGCAGCCACCAAGGGCAAAAAUUCUUGCUGCCUGACAGCCAUUGUGAGAUGUGUCCAAGAUGCGAAUGCUUGAUUGGCACAAGUAGAGCUUUCGGUGAAUUGAAGAACUUUUCUGCACAACUCUUCAAUGACCAGGUGCAUGCUGAUGAAGACUUUAUUUAAGCCAACAGUGUACAGAAACAUCGGGCUAUUGGCUGGAGGUGGUAGCAAUAUACACAUCCAGCAGUGAUAUGCACUUAGCUGGACAGCCAUCCUCUUCUGUGAGGUCAAAGAUGAGUGCUGUGUUUAUGUCUGGUUCUGAUCUGGGGACUAAAAUCUCCCAUACCACCCUUCAGUGUUGACAGCUUACAAUCCUGUCUUUUGCAACAUGGUGAAUCAUUCUUGUAUGUUACUUAUGCCAGGGAAAACUUACAUUAGAUAGCAUUUGGCAUCAAAGAGAGUUGUAAACAUUUGUGCAGGCAUGGUAAAGAUAUGUCAAUAUAUAUUUUUUUGCUAUAUUUGUGUCCAGGGCAACAUUGUUUUCCCAGUCAUAGCCCCGUUUAAGCUCUAAUUCCAAGUUUGCUGUAGGCCUUUUACACUAAUUGCCAAAAGGCUGUGACAAAACAAUUGCUGAGAAUUAUCUGUGCAUCUCAUUUUCUUACAUUAUAUGCUUCAGUCAGCUGACCUGACCCCCAACCAACCCCCAACUGCUUAGCACAAGAUUUUCAAUAUUUGGGGCCACAGGAGAGUUUAGGGUUAGUUGAGACUCAAUAAAGUAUGAAUCAGAAUAGAACCCGAGAAACUAUUUUGUUUAGUAUCUCAGGGCUUCCAUGGAAUUGACCUAGAAACAGUAGUUAACAGACAAGAAAAUGAAAUAUAUGCUGCAACUGUGUGAUUGGAUAUUAAGUACUCCUUUUAGCUAUAUUUAUUAGAUUGUAUUACUUAGAUAGUUUAUGAAAGGGGAUCACUGCUCUAUCAAUGAUGCACAUGGACAGUUGUGUGUCCAAAAACAUGCAGGUGCAACAAAACUGACAGGUAUGUCUAGCUGAAGGCUGUUACAACUGCUUUAUGUACACAGGUGGCAUUUACAUGUUAAACCUAGUAAACAUCAAUUCAAACAUUGACCAUGCAUCUUAUACACCUUGUUGCUGAUGUUUGCUCGGAAAUUUAUAUAUUUUUUUUUCUAUUUGAAAUCGGAGGCUGCUAUUUUCCCUUUCCUUGCAAGAAUUUGUUAAUAUUUAGUUCAGGAUUUAUAAUCGAGAAAUUUGGUGGUAGAGGCAGGGGGCGGGGGAUUAGGAUCACAUUUAUUAGUUAAUAAUUUUUUUCAGUGUAUAAAGAUUUUUUGAGCAAGAUUUUCCCAGAUAUUCUCUUGAAAAACGGGAGGAAUGUUGGUAUUAAAAGUCAGGCUUUUGGGGGAUUUCUUUUUUAAGCCAGAAGUUUAAAGUAAUGCCAGUGGUCUUUAAGUUUGCAUGGCAUGGCUUUGCAUAUUUGUGUUCUGCUAUGAUGGGGCAUUUUGCCUGCUUGUUUAGGGUUUAGGAUGGUUUGUUAUAUUGAUGUUGUUAUAAAGGCUGAGACUGUUGCCGAGGUACAAUGCCAGGUUACAUCAACUGAUGCAUGGUCCUGCAGGGAAGGGAACCGUCAUAUAAAAAGUUUAAGUGGACAGAGGGAGAGUGCUUGCACACUCCUGUAGCGUAGCCAUGAUGGCAAGAUUCACUUCUGAUCACAACAGUUCCCUGACCCCACACCAUCCUUUUGUUUUUAUCCUGCUGUUGUUGUAUUAUUAUCAUCUUAUCUGCUUCUUGCUAGUGCACAUCUACAGGACCAAGGUGACUUGCUUGACACUCCCAGCAAGGCCUGACACAUUUCCUGACCUUUUGCUGCUGGCUUUGUGCAGUCCACCAAUAUCUUUGUUAUUCAAACAAGUUUCUGAAAAAAACUUAAUCAUCCAAAAAUACUUUUUUUGGCUCCAGAACUUUGUCUUGCCAGGCAGCACAUUUCAGAAACUGUCAAUAACUCAUACUUUUUUUUUUUAGCUUGCAGAUAUUUGUCUUUGGUAACAGCCUUUUGAAAAAGGAGUGAAGCCAACAAUCUGUUUCUUUAUGGAUCUUCAGUAUAUUUUUAUCUUUUUUAUUUUUAUGGUUUCUCGUAGUGUAUUGUCACACAAACUGUUAUCAGGCUGUGGAAUUAACAGUGUCAAGAAGGGGAGUACACUCGGGCUGACUGACUUUCUCUUUUCUCUUCCUCCCAUCUUGGUACACCGCCUCUGUCUUUGUGUGAUUGUGAAUGUGUGUGCAUUCAUACGGAUGUGUGUGCAAGUGCCUAUGCUUGCUGCACAGAUGUGAUUUGACUGUAGCCUGCUUCUAAUGAUGCUUAAAUACAGGAAUAUGGGUAGCACAUAUUGCACUGUCAGCAGUGGUUAUUAAUGACUUGUAGCUCUUUGAAUAUUUUUCUUCAGUUGAUAUUUUGGCUUUUAUUAUUUAUUGAUGUGGUAAAUAUGUUUAUUUGCUAAACAUAGUGUAGCACUGCUGUGAUUUCAAGCUAGAGCCAGACUUUCAUUUUAUGUCAGCAGAAUCUUUUGAAACAAUGUGCAUUAGCAUUUCAGACAUACUGUCAGUUUGUUUUGUGCUUAAAUUUUGCCCUGGCACUUCAUGCAUAUCCAUGGAGCUGGACUUAACACUGACAGUGCUCAGGGUUCAGCAAAUCUCGUUAGUUACGUCUGUUAAAAAGUCUGGCCUGGUUGAAGUCAGGAAAUAUUUGGCGAGAUGCCUAGCUACUUGAAGGUUUUAAAGGCAUGCUGAUGAAAUGAUCUUUUGCAACAAGGAAUUUGGCAUAAACAUGUGUUCCCUUUUAAAUUAUUAAAUCAGUUACUUGGCUAUUCUUAAAUCUGUAAUGGAUUGUUUCCCGACACUUCGCUUUUUUGUGAGAUUGAAAAUUCCACAGUGGCUGGGAGGGGUAGGUAGGUUACUGUUGCAAUUUGCAGCAGAUAUCAUGGACUUGUUAGUAAUCUAGUGUAAGAAUGGAGAAACACACAGGUUGAGAAAGCUGUAAGGUGGGUGCAAACCAUAGACACGCCAUUGAUCCAGGCUACACAGCAUCAUAGGGGCUUACCUUUACCCUUCAAAAGUUCAUUAUGGUUGCAGGCCUCUAUUGAAAAUAUUGUUGCAAUCUUUACAUUGUGGACAAGACUGCGUUUAUGUACAUUGCCUGUAGUAUAAUGCUUGUACCCACAUCACAUGAUACAGCCAGAGCCUUCUCAUCUCAUUAUCUCUGAUCACCUUACCCCAACAUUUUCCUACUCAACUGAUUGCCUUCUCCCCAUCUCACAUGAUGUACAGACCUCACAACCACUUGUGUUUACAGUAUUGUGGUGUAAAGAGCACUUGCCUUUGUCCAAAAACCAACUUAAUUUAUUUCCCAUGUCAACCAUUGUACAGUGUUUCCAUGUCAACCAUUGUACAGUGUACAAAGUUUGGGGUCAUAUGACCACUUCCCAUCAAUUCCCCAAUCCCUGGCCAACCCUUUCACUCCAUCAUUGUGGAUCAUUUACUUUGAUUAUUCCAUAUUUCCCACCUGCCUGUUUCCCCAAUGUUUUCAUUUUAUGGAUAAAAAAAUGAUUAUUUCCUCAAUUAAUGACUGGAUUUUUGAGUGACAUAAGACCUCAGCCAAAGAGAGACAUCAGAACUACUUGUCUGCCCCUGCCUCUGUUUCCAUUGUCAGUGCUGGUGUUGCUACAGUUUCACAGCUAUCAGAUGCCAGACCCCCAGGCUCACUGAUCUGGGUGUAUCGUAGGCUCAUGAUCUCUCAUUCCUCUAACACAUUUUUUUACGGAGUGGGAAAUACAGAUGUUUGUGUAGAAACAAGCUGUGAAGUUAUUUCAUUUUGCCUCCCCUAUACCCCCUUGUGCCCCAAUGCCUACUGCAAUUUACAUCUAACAAUUGAAUGCAAUAAGGAUGAAAAUGUUGAAUCCAGUAAAUGAUAAUGCAAUUUUUUUUUAAGUUUCUUCCUCAACCAUCUCUUUGUCUGUUCUUCUUUUAUGGCUUUAAUAGCUGACAUAUGCAGGGGCAAUAUGUGUUUACCACCAUUUAUUUGUUUUACUACCGCCGCCAACAUUGGAAUGAAGCCUCGUUUUGGUGCCAGACUAGUGACCAUUGCAGCAGACGCUGAACUGUCAGUUUUUUUGAGAGGGCAGCAAUAUUUAAAUUGACAAAAAUCUGAUUAUUGUUGGCAGUGAUAUGGCUAAGUUUAUGAUCAGGAUUUUUUAAAGUGAUGUACAUAUGUUUCUUUGAACAUGAUUAGUAGUCUUAAAUGUUUCCAAGAGAGGGAGACAAAUGUGAAUUACAGAAGAACAAGUCAGAUGAAUUACCAUGUACAUGUCCAUUAUGCCACUGUGGUUGAUGAAAUGAUUUUGUGAAAUUGAAGUUACUCCUGCAAGUUUAUGGUCGUUAAAAUUGAUAGCUGAAAUUUACAUGCUGAUUUAUGUGCCACUUGUGCUAACGUACAUCGCAGGAUUGAAGAAGAACUGGAUCUUUCUUGUAGGUUUCUAUCAUCCGGUCUUUUCAAGUGAUUAUAUUUUUCAAAAUCAUCAAAAAGGAAGAUUUGUAUAUUUCACACCUUUGUCUUUUCUUGGGGGUUGUCCUUCUCAAAGGUCUUCUGUGUUAUUUUCUCUCUUUUUUUUUUAAUGUUUUGUAUAAAAAAAUUUUUAAUGCGUUAUUUGAAAAGAAAUGGUGCUUGCCUCAGGCUGUGUGAAACAGCUUGUUUGUGUGUGUGUGUGAGAGAGAGUCAGGCAUGGUGUUUGUGUGAAGUGUGUGAAUGUGAAGGCUGGAUGCACUGAUGACUGUUCUUAUGGACUAUGUUUUAUCUCUUACAACAUCAUUUCUGACCAUCAGUGGACUCAUUUCCCAGCCUCACGGUUAUUCUUUGGCACAUUGUUCAUCUUAGUCCCUCUCAUGUGAUCAUUAUUUAAUCCAGUAAAAUCGUGACAAAACAU